AUGGAAGGAUCAGGCCCGCGCCAAACCGGACAUGCAGAUUCUCAACGGCAGGACAAUUUUUUAAAUAUCGAACGAGGGAACAACCAAGAUAACCGACGAGAGGGAAGCGUGAACACCUCUUAUACGAGUAAAAGCCAUUCAAAGGGGAAGGGUCAUGCAUCCCCUGAAAAAGACGAUCGAAAGGCUUUACGAAAAGAGAUUGACGACUUGAAGAAAAAGUUGCGCCGAGCACAGCGGAAACGUCCUUUACCCUCCUCGGGCUCUAGCAGUGACGGGGAUAAUGAAUAUCGGCGAAGAUCAAGAACCCCCCCGAGCGAGACCUUUUCCUACGAGGAAGAGAGACCUCGUAAACGCAGCCACAAGAGCUCAUCUUACCAAGGCCUGGCCAACGAUGCCAUGAGUAAGGCCCUGGAUCGCAUCUCCCAGUCGCCGUUUACCCGCAGGAUAGAGAGGGCAGCGCUACCUCGGCGGUUCCAUCAACCAACGUUCGCUAUAUACAAUGGUUGGUCCGACCCAGUGGAGCAUGUGAGCCAAUUUAAUCAGAGGAUGGCCGUCCACACCAGGGAUGAGGCGUUAAUGUGUAGGAUAUUCCCAUCUAGCUUAGGACUUAUGGCGAUGAGAUGGUUCGAUUCCCUCCAGCCGAAUUCCAUAGAUUCCUUUAAACAGCUGACGCAGGCUUUCGGUUCCCGUUUCAUCACCAGUACUAGAGUCCCUCGGCCCCUCGAUUCCCUCCUAUCCUUGUCCAUGCAGGAAGGAGAGACGUUGAAGGCCUACUCGGAUAGAUACUGGGAAAUGUAUAACGAGGUCGAAACCGAAGGGAAAUAUGAUGACGUCGCUAUUAAGGACCAGAAUAUGGGGAAGGGUAAAGCGAAGGUCGUCCCUCAGGAGAGGAGGGACUUCAGGUCGGAACGGUUUAACAACAGUAACAGGCCGAGAAGGGACUAUGUAGAGCAGUCCGGAUCUACUGGGGCUCAGGCAGUCUAUGCCGUGUUCCGAGAACCUCCUUACAAAAUCCUGGAGAAGGUGAAGUAUGAGCCUUUCUUUCAGUGGCCGAACAAGAUGUCUGGCGACCCUUCGAAGCGUAAUCAGAACCUGUAUUGCGCAUACCAUCAGGAGCCCGGUCACACUACUGAUGAUUGCAGGAACCUGAAGAAUUAUUUAGACCGGCUCGUCCGAGAAGGGAAGCUGAAACAUCUGCUGCAUCGCUCUGAAGGAUGGCAAGAACCAUCAAACAACGAAACCAGACAAAGUGCAUUGAGGCCACCCAUUGGCACAAUUAAUGUCAUUCUCGCCGCUCCUGGGAGGACGGGCUCUGUCCCAUUCAAGGUAAUGUCAGUGAGCAGUUUCCCGACCAAGCCAGAUGACAGGGAACCCAAGAGGGCUAGAAUGAGCGCCACGCCAUUAAUCGGGUUCACGGACGAAGACAAACAAGGGACAAUUCAACCCCACGAUGACGCCUUGGUUGUGACGCUCAGGAUAGGAGGUUAUGACGUCAAAAGGGUGUUAGUUGACCAAGGCAGCGCGGUGGAGAUAAUGUACCCUGAUUUGUAUAAGGGAUUGAGCUUGAAGCAGGAAGACCUAUUGCCCUACGAUUCCCCCCUGGUUAGCUUUGAAGGAAAGGUCGUCAUCCCGAGAGGCAUGAUUAGGUUGCCUGUGCAAACAGACUCAGAGGUGGUCGAAGUGAACUUCAUUGUCGUAGAUGCCUACUCCCCUUACACAGCCAUCGUGGCCCGGCCAUGGCUUCAUACUCUAGGGGCUGUGUCGUCGACCUUGCACCAAAAGGUGAAAUAUCCGUCAAGAGGUCAGAUCAAAGAGAUAAUAGGAAACCAGGGAGUUGCUAGGCAAUGCAUGGUGUCGGCAAUCUUGCGGCAGCAGAAUCGCAUAACUUCCCCGCCGGCCGAGAGCGGCUUAUAG